CUCACAGCCUCCGGUCUCAACCCUCCCAGUUCGCUCAGUGCUCGUCACGUAAUCGUAAGCUAUACAUACAGUAAUGAAUAAAAAAAUAUGUUUCUUCGCACAAUUUAUUAAAUACCGCGCUUAAAUAUCAAGUUUUUAAUCAAAAUCUUACAAUGGAUAACAGUGCAAAUCUGUGGCUACCAAGAAAAAGCUGUUAUAUAAAUAGUGUAUUUUGAGCUAAGAGAUGUCAUUAUAUUUAGAAUGGCGUUACCAAUGAGAGCUGUCGGCGUUGUGGGAAAAUCACAUUUUAUACCACUCCGGCUUCGUUAUGUAUUCUUACUCGCCACAAUAUUUUGUGGCAGCAGCCUUUUUAUUUUAAUCAAUAGUGGAAUUGAUAUAUCGUUUAUUAACAACCAAAUAACUAGUUCUUUUUGGAAAAGACGCAGAUAUGAUUUAAUUCACUCUGAUGAUAUCUUCACAAUAAAAACAGACGGCUGCACUAUUCCCGGGUUGAAUCCAUUUGCUGAAGAUAUCAAAAAAUUUAUCGAAUACCCCAGGAAUAUAAAACCAUGUCACCAAUCAAACAUUUCGUUACUCGAUAACAACGAAACACAUAUAUGGAUAAAUAGAGAGAAUGUAAAGUAUUAUGAUGUGCCAUUGAACACUCCUAAUAUUACCUGCUGUUAUAAAUCAUUUUAUCGGCCUUUAGCAAUCAAUGACAUUUAUUCUAUGGAUGUAGAUGAUAGAGUGAAAUAUGAAGCAUGUAUACAAUUUUCAAAUCAUAUACAAGUUUUGAAUGAGUUCGUGAGAGUCACCUGUAAAUUUAAAGAAAACAUCAUUUAUGAGCAGUUUUUUCUUUUUGCCCCCAAAAAACCGUUCGUGUCAUUUAAGGACGAAUUUUUAGAAACACAAACGAAUCAAACUUCGUUUAAUGUCGUAAUUAUGGGCAUCGAUGCCAUUUCAAGAUUAAACUUUUACAGAACAAUGCCUAAGACAUUAGCUUAUUUAAAAAAGAAAGGUGCCAUAGAGCUUUAUGGCUAUAACAAAGUUGGUGAUAACACAUUUCCUAAUCUGACCCCUAUACUCCUUGGGAUGAAGGACACAGAUUUAAAGAAAACUUGCUGGCCUAAUACUAGGGCCACAUUUGACAAUUGCCCUUUCAUUUGGGAUUGGUUUAAGGACGCUGGUUACUAUACUGCUUUCGGUGAAGACACUGCCAACUUAGGAACAUUCAAUUUUGAAAAAUUUGGAUUUAGUAGAACCCCAACAGAUUACUACUUGCAUACAUUUAUGCACGAAGCCGAACGCUAUACCGGCAACAACAGAGAUUUUAAUUCAUUCAUAUGUAUGGGUAAUAAAUAUUUUUACAAAGUUCUUUUAGAUUAUAUUGAAAAUUUAACAUUAACUCUAAAGUCUUUCAAGUUAUUCGGCUUCUUUUGGGAAGUAACAAUGAGUCAUGACUAUUUAAAUUAUCCUAUGGCGAUGGAUGACAAUUAUGAAUCGUUUUUAAGAAAACUCGAUAAUGCUCAAUAUUUGGAAGAUACUAUUUUAAUAAUACUAAGCGAUCAUGGUAUUAGGUGGGGUGAUAUAAGAUUUACCAAGCAAGGUAGAUUAGAAGAGCGCUUGCCACUUAUACACAUACUUCUACCUAAUUCCUUUCGUAUUAACUUUUCUCUGGCAUAUGAAAAUAUGAAAAUUAAUAGCCACCGUCUCACUACUCCCUUUGAUGUUUAUGCUACGCUAGUUGAUCUCAUCGAUGUCGAAGCCAUAAAAAAUGAUAGUAUUAAAUUACGGAGUACAACAUCAUAUGCCCAUAAUAGAGGCAUCAGUUUGUUUUUACCUGUUCCAAGAAAUCGAACAUGUAAGAUCGCGGGAAUAGACGAUCACUGGUGCACGUGUCAUAAAGGACAAAAAUUAUCAAUCAAUAGUAUCGAAGCAUAUGAAGCAGCUAGUAGUUUAAUAUUAAAUUUAAACAUGCUGCUACGAGGGCACUCACAGUGUGCUCACCUCUCACUCGUAGAGUUAGUUGAAGUCACUGAAAUGAUUGCUGGCACGCCGAAUGAAAAGGAAGUAGGAUGGCGUGAAUUUUUGAUUGUAGUGCGCACAGCUCCCGGUGACGGUGUUUUUGAAGCGACCCUGCGACGCGAUUCCCGCGAGUGGUCUUUGGCAGGCACUGUCAGCCGCCUCAAUGUGUACGGUGAUCAGGGUCAUUGCAUACACCAUUACCAACUCAAGCUAUAUUGUUAUUGCCAAUAACUCUGCACUCGUAGAAUUAAAAUAUUUUUAUUGAAAUAAUUUUAGUAAAAAAAAUCUGUGAUAUGAUAAAGGCGUAUUCGAACAUAAAGUGCAAUUUUCCUCAAAAAAAUUUGCUCAUAACAAAUCUGGCCUACUUAAUGACUAUUCAUUUAAGUAUGUUGAUACUUUUUUAUAUCCACUGUAUUUUUUGUAAGAUAAAAAAACAUUCGUGUUGUAAUUUUGAGUUCAAAUACCUACCUACAUAAGCUUUGAGUUUUUUUUUAAGCCAAAUGUUUUUUGAGCAACAAUAAGUACAAUUAAAUGUAUCUUUCACUGUAUGUCACGUUGUCACGUUGUGUCAUAUGUUAUUAUUGGUUUAUAUAUUAGGAGUACACUAAUAAUAAUAUUUAAGCAGAGGUUUCAAAUUAUAGUAAACAUAUAAUAUUUACAGUUAUAACUUAGCAAAAUGAAUAAACGGUUAAUUUUUUUAGUCCUUUUACUAUUAACGACAAUAGCUGCAACGACAUUAUAGGUAAAAUUUAGUAAAUAGUUUAUAAAAUAUAGACUUAUCUAAUAAAUGUAAUGAAUACUGUAGAGAUAAUGUCUAAAAUGGUUGCUUAGGGUAGUGGACAUAUCACAAUAAUAUUAUAAUAAGUUUAAAUCAUUUUAUUACAACUUGUAUAUAAAGAAGAAAAACACGAAAGUUUCUAUUUAUCUGUUUAUCUGUUUUGUUAACAAUGAAAAACGAAUCCUAAUAUUCACAAAAUAUCACGAUUUUAAAAUUUCAGAAAAUUCACAAGUAUGAACAAAAUUAAUUCUAAAAGAAUAGCACUGCUUUUACUUUACAUUUAACCUAAGCUAAGUUAAAAAAAAUGUAAGCUGAUUUUUAU